CAACAACUUUCCCGUUGCUUAGCUUUCUGGAAUUAAGCAUCGAUCGGAACUCCAUUCCUGCUCCCGCAAGCAAUCAUACGUAAACUUCCAUGCACCUCUUUUCUUUCUCUUUCGAUAUAAUAUAUAUAUAAUCCACAACCAGUCUUUGCAUGUGUUUUGUCCCCCCCACUCGAUUACUAUUUACUACUACAUAUGUUCUUCUUCUGAUAAUCUCAUCAACUGACUGAUGGAGAAGGAAAUGAGGUCGUCUCUGAAGCUCGUUAUCUCGAUUUUCUUCUUAAUAUUAUUUGGUACGAGUAAAGCUGAGCCUGUCGAAGACAAGCAAGCUUUACUCGAUUUCAUCACCAACAUUUCCCACACCCGACAAAUCAACUGGGGGAUGAAUUCAUCAGUCUGCACCACUUGGACUGGAAUCACCUGCAAUCACGAUUCAUCCAGAGUUGUAACUGUUCGAUUGCCUGGAUUCGGCUUGCUUGGUUCCAUACCCGCCAAUACAUUGACCCGUUUAUCUGCUCUUCAGAUUUUGAGUCUCAGAUCUAACGGAAUAUCAGGUCCUUUUCCAUCUGAUUUCUCCACUAAACUACCAAACUUGACUGCUCUUUAUAUUCAGUUUAACAACUUCUCAGGCCCUUUGCCUGAUUUCUCUCUUUGGAAGAACCUAUCAAUCAUCAACUUCUCCCAAAAUACUUUCACCGGUAACAUCCCGCCCUCGCUUGGGAACUUAACUCAGCUCAUAGCGUUAAAUCUCAGUAACAAUUUUCUUUCCGGAGACAUUCCUGAUCUCAAUUUCCCUACCAUGCUUCAAGUCCUAGAUCUAUCCAAUAACAAUCUCACCGGUCACGUCCCUAACUCUCUCCAAAGAUUUCCCAAUUGGGUAUUCUCUGGUAACAAUCUCACUAGGCCCUCUGCUCCUACUACUCCUAUACCUCCAACUGAACAAAAAUCACAAAAAUCAAGAACAAGACUCACCCAGCCUGCAAUAAUGGGGAUCAUAAUUUCCAGCACUGUUUUGUUGACUGCCAUAGUUGCGGUUUCAAUGAUCGUUUUCUACUCGAAUAGAGCACCUGAGGAUGGACACAAUAUGAAGUUGGCCAUGAAGACGGCCGGAGAUAACCAAGAAGCGAAACUCGUGUUCUUUGAUGGGUUUGGGCUUGCGUUUGAUUUGGAAGAAUUGCUAAGGGCUUCGGCUGAGGUUCUUGGGAAGGGAACGAUUGGGAUAACGUAUAAGGCAGCUUUAGAGGAUGGGACAACGGUGGUGGUGAAAAGAUUGAAGGAUUUGAGCUUGAGCAGACGAGAGUUUGAACAGCAGAUGGAGUUGAUAGGAAAUAUUAGACACGAGAAUGUUGCUCCUCUACGUGUCUAUUUUUACUCCGAAGACGAAAAGCUUAUGGUUUACGACUAUUAUUUUCUCGGAAGCAUUGCUUCGUUUUUACACGGAGGAGGAGGACGAGGACAGAUGCCAAUGGACUGGGAAAUGCGGAUAAGAAUUGCAAUUGGCACAUCAAGAGGCAUCACUCAUAUCCAUUUGCAAGACGGAGGAAAGUUCAUCCAUGGAAACGUAAAAAGUUCAAACAUAUUCCUCAAAUCUACACAGUCGGUUUGCGUUUCUGAUCUUGGUUUGGUUACAUUAAUGAACCAAUCAAGCUCACCGACGACAAAACCUGACGGUUACAAGGCUCCUGAACUAACAGUCGAAAGACCAGCAUCCCAAGAGGCCGACGUCUACAGUUUCGGAGUCCUGCUGCUUGAGCUUCUAACAGGAAAAUCACCCUUACAUGUUCAGUUGGUCUCAUUGGUAUCUUCUGUUGUUGAGGAGGAGUGGACUGCUGAAGUUUUUGAUUCGGAGAUUUUGAAGCAUCCUCAUGUUGAGGAAGAGAUGGUAGAGAUGCUUCAGAUAGGAAUGGCAUGUGUAGAUAAGAUGCCAGAUCAUCGGCCCACAAUGUGGGAUGUUGUUAAAAGAAUUGAGAAUCUCAGACCAGCUCGGCCAUCAUCAGAGUUUAUGUCAGGGGAUUCAACCCCAGCUUCGGUGCUUCCAGUUGAAAACAUUGCUUCUUCUUCUUCUGUUUCAUAGAGAUUAUGUGCAUGUUUUGUUGCUCCUGUUUCCUAGCUCAUUGUAAGGGUGUCUAUCUCUUCCACUUUUCGAGGCACCUCGACUAAUAUCUUGAGGAAUUGGCAUUACUACCCACCCCCACCGUUACAUACCACUUUGACAUGGUGUUUUCAUUGAGAAUCAAACAUAAGAUCUCAUGGAAGUAAAUUCAAUUCCCAAGGAAAGCACCUAAAUUAAUGUGUGGGGUCACGACGGUUGCAUGUUGUGCUAGCCUAUUCCAAAAUAAAUCAGGUCUCAGAAAAAUAAAAAACUUAGGGUAGGCAGUAAGCCACUUAGUCCAAAUCUCUAGAGACUGAACAAAUAUUCUCAAUGUAAUAGUCGUAACUUCAUUUACUUAUACUGAUAAUAAAUUUGCAAGCAAUA